GAGACGCACAACCUAUGCGCACAACAAGGAAGCUAAAUCUAGCCAGGCGGGCAGCCAUUCGGUCAUCCACGAGCUCGCGUUGCGCCCUAUUAAAGAUUGUUGUUUUUUUAACCGGAUCCUUCAAAAUACCAACACGAUGUUCAAUAGAAUGACAAGCCUUUGGAUGGGUGAUCUGGACCCAUACAUGGACGAGAAUUUCAUAAAAGCAGCCUUCAGCACUAUGGGAGAAACUGCGUAUGGCGUAAAAAUAAUUACGCACAGGGUAACUGGUGGUUCAGCUGGGUACUGCUUCGUAGAGAUGUCCGACGAGCCGAGUGUUGACAGAUGCGUCCACAGACUGAAUGGGAAGCUUGUUCCUGCAUCAAAUCCGCCCAGGAAGUUUAAGUUAAACUAUGCGACCUAUGGGAAGAGGCCAGAGGCAGGCCCAGAGUUCUCGGUCUUUGUGGGAGAUUUGUCUUCGGAGGUGGACGACUACCAGCUUCAUCAGUUCUUCUCCAAGAAGUACCCAUCCUGCAAGGGAGCCAAAGUAGUCACAGACCAGUUUGGCAACUCCAGGGGCUACGGCUUUGUGAAGUUUGGGGACGAGAAUGAGCAGAAGAAGUCUAUAGAGGACUGCCAGAACUCCUCUGGCCUGGGAGGCAAGCCCAUCAGACUCAGCAUCGCCGUCAACAAGAGCCAGAAGAUGAAUAAUUACCACAGUCAGAACCAGGGUUACCAUAACAACUACCAGCAGCAGCAGUACUACCAACAGUCCGGUCAGAACUACUACCCCCAAUGGGGCUAUGACCAGUACAACAACUACAACAACUACAACAAUGGCUAUAACUACAACUAUGGACCCUAUGGAUACCCUCCCCCUGGGCCCCAUGGCAUGAUGGGACCCCCCCCUCCCAUGGGAAUGCCUCCCAUGCCCACUGACAUGACUGGGGUGGCCGAGCAAACCCAGGAGUCUGAGGAGGCAGAGGAAGAGACGGCGGAAGAGCCCAACCCUCCCCUGGACGUGGCGUCCAUGAACAAGGAGUACAUGGAGCGCAGCGAGGAGCUCUACGAUGCUCUCAUGAACUGUCACUGGCAGCCGCUGGACUCCAUCACCUCCAGCAUCCUUCCUUUCUCCUCCUCAUGAUCCUUCCUUCCAGACUGCCUUCCUCUUGCCAGCCUGGUGAUUUACACUUUAACUCGCCAUCAAAUUAAAUGUCUUUUUUCUAGGAUGAGUGACUCACAAAUAAACGCCUUUUUUUUGUAUGUUGUACACGGUAGCGAUUGCUGACGCAGCCAGUUGUUGGAACCGUAUUUUUGUGUAUCAGAAUCUUCCCUUGUUUUGUUUUAUGAAUAUCUCAGAUGCUCACUUAAGCUAUACAUUGCGAAUGUGAAUGAUCUUUCUGGAUUUGAAGUGCAUUUCAAAAGGGGAGUUUUCUGGUUUGUGCUCCCUGGACAAACAAAUGUCUUAUGUAUAUGACUGGUCAUGUGAUGACUCUUUCAUUGGAUAUUCUAGCAGUUCUGUUUGGGAGGGGAGUUUCAAUUCAUGUAAUCAGUUUUGUUUGUGUUCUCGCUGUCGACUGUUUCCUGAUGUUCUUUAGCUGUUGGUCAUGUUGGGGACAUUUGAAGUAAUUUUAAUAAAAGCUUAUUUUGGAAAAAGCA